CUGAUACAAAGCAGCGUCUGUUGUGUUGUCGGGCUCCGCGGUUCCUUCUGCGCAUGCCCGAACGGAGAGGAAGGAAACGGCUGCAUCCGGGUGUCCGUGUCACGUGACGUUUGUUUACUUCCGGCCGCCGCUCGGCUGCACGUGGACGAAAAGCCCCAUGAAAGCCUUCAGCCCACAGGAGGCCCAGAAGGUCCUCCAGCACCUGCAGACCCCGGCGGUCUUCACCAACAUGGCCGCCGGCUGGCCGUCUCUCCUCUGGACCGCCGAGCACCUGUCAGACCGCCUGGAGGGCAAAAUGAUCCAGUUCAGACUGGGGAGGAGAGAGGAGACCAACGCGCCGCUGUUUGAGACCCAGUGCUCCUUCGUGGCGGCCCGGCUGGAGGACUUCCUGAGCUGGACCGGGGGCCGGACCGGGCCGGGGGCGGGCCCCGGCCAGUACCCCCCCUCUCAGUACUGGGCCUACGCGGACUACAAGCACCUGGCCCUGCUGCUGCAGGAGCUACCCUCCAUGUUCCAGGAAGUCCGGUGGUCCGACUUCGGCUUCGAGGGCCGCAGCGGGAGGGAGAGCACGGCGUGGAUCGGCUCGGCCGGCGCCAACACGCCGUGCCACCUGGACGCCUACGGCUGCAACCUGGUGCUGCAGGUGCAGGGACGGAAGCGUUGGCACCUCUUCCCCGAGGACACAUGGAGGCUCUACGACCGGAUCCCCUACGAGGAGUCCAGCAUCUUCAGCCGGGUCCAUGUGGUCCAGCCAGACCUGAAGAGGUUCCCUUUGUUCACCGGGUCCAGAGCCCACGUCACCCUGCAGCCCGGACAGGUGCUGUUCGUGCGUCACUGGUGGCACUGGGUGGAGUCCCUGGACUCCGUGACCUCCAUCAACUCGUGGAUCGAACUGGUGAGAAGUGGAGCGACGUCGGCGAGGCGGCGCCGUGAUCAAGGCCGUGCGUCUUCGCCUGAAAGCCGACGCCGACCGGACGACUGGCUGAACCCCACCGAGGCCGGCGUGGCGUCCCACCAGGACAACAUGCAGAGUGUGAACCUGGCCCUGGGAGCCUGUGCUCGGGGACGCAGCACCCUGACCCGGCCCCUCCCAGCCAAGCGGGACUCUGGGGACAAAUCAGGGAAAGGCGGGGACUCCGGGCCCUUCAGGGUUCCCUUUGGACCGCAUCUGGUCCCGGUGCGGCCUGCCUCGACGGAAACCACAACGGCUCGAAGGUCAACUCACCUGAAGAAGAAGAAGAAGAAGAAGAAGACGGUGUACCUCGGCAUCGACCUCCCGGACGCGCCCGUAACCACGGACGAGCUGCUGGACUGCCUGCUGCACCGGACGUCAUCGCCCGCGACGGAGCUCCUCCUGGGCGCGGACAGGAAGUCAGGACACGGAACGUCUGGAAGUCGUUACAGUCAGGUGCUCUUCCUGUCCAGCUGGACCUCGUCUUUAUUCUUCUUCUCGUCCUCCUCGUCCUCCUCGUCUUCCUCCCACCGAGUCCUGCCGGUACUUCCUGUCCGGCUGGUGGAGGUCGCGUAG